AGGCGGGCGCAGGCAAAGGACCGACCUACAGGAGGAGUGAAGUCACAUCUCCCUUGAGGCUGGAGCUACAAGCUUUUCAGAGCCUCUGCUCGCCAUGAGCCGACAGCCACAGCCCCAAGCUGCGCGGACAGUGCGCUCCGCGUCUCUCCCGGUGUCGCCGACUUUGCCCAUGUCCCAGUAUGCGUCCCGCUCAGACUCCAAGGGCGCUUUGGACAGCAGCAGCCCCGAUGCCAACACGGAAGAUGACAAGACCGAGGAGGACAUGCCUGCGCCCAAGAACUAUCUGUGGCUCACCAUUGUCUCGUGUUUUUGCCCAGCGUACCCAGUCAACAUCGUGGCUUUGGUCUUCUCCAUCAUGUCUCAGAACAGCUACAAUGACGGAGACUACGAAGGAGCCAGGAGGCUGGGACGCAACGCCAAGUGGGUGGGCAUCGCCUCCAUCAUCAUCGGCCUGGUCAUCAUCGGUGUGUCAUGCGUGGUGCACUUCUCCAGGGCUUCCUGAAGAGCCAGCCAUCAGCCGGGAGCGUGGAGGAUGGUCCUCAUCCGCACACAGCCCAAGAAGUUUCUGAGGAGUGGAUCCUUGAUUUUUAGACUGUGAGAUCUUUUCCUCCAGGACUCUCCAGAGGCAGGCCCCUGGCGAAUGAACACCAAGUCCGGAACAUAGGGAAUCAGAACGGCACAGACGUGCCCAUCCGCGUCACUGACUGAUAAAAAACAAGAAAACGGUGUCUCGAUGUCUCAGUUCUCGACAAACCCUUUGCAUCCAUUCCUCUUCUGUGGGGAUGAACUCCAGAAACCUCACGACAUGUCACUGGGAGGUCUGGAUUUGGGGGGAGCAGGUGGUUUCCAAGGAGAGCAGUGAAUGCCGGUGUUUACAAAAUCAAGUACAAUCUUUGUAGCAUGCUAAGGUUGUCUAGUAAGUUGAACCCAUAGAUUUAUUUUUCCCAUGUUGUAAGUUCUCUCCAUCUCCCUUCGCAACCCCAGAGUUCACGCAAGACUUUCUAGACCUUUGUCCCAUUUAAAUUUUUCCCAGUAGUCCACCCCUUUUGCUGGUAUAUGUAUUGACCAGUCGGAGCCUGAGAAUGAACCCAGAUCCUAGGCAUAGGUGCACCCUCUCCACCCCAGAUGUGGAAAUAAACUGGCUAUUUUAUGGAAUGUGGCUUUCUUUUAUACCUAUUUUGAGCAAAUCUUGAGCAAGAACUUUGAUUUUCCUGGAUGCUAUCUGGAAGAGUUUUAACCUUGCAUUUUCUUUUCCUGUCCAACCUCAACUGUGAAUGCCCUGGCUUCAUGAUACCAUUACCCCACCUGCCAGAGCAUGCUAGCAGAGAGAUCUUGCAGUGUGCAAAGCAUGUGCCAUGGGUGGUACACAAGGUGAUUUCUAAGUAACUCAUAAACACAAUGGUAAAUAACACUGAAUUUUGAAGAAUGCUUCAUGCUUUAUUUUUUUCUCAUUCCUGGUUGCUGCAAGGAGAAUGUCUCUCUCGGGUACCUGUGGGUCCUUUGCACCUGCCUGCCAGUACAGACACAGCACUCAGUCUAGAUAGAAUUCAGUGUUAUUAUUAGCUUCAACUUUGUGUUUCUCCAUGGACUGAUGCUCUGUAUUAUUCGAGUAAGUAAACUCAGUGGUAGAUAUCAAGUGAUCAACCUAAUAGGCAAUAUUUAUGGCAAAAAAAAUCUCCAGAAUUAAUGUCAAAAACACAGUGACAAUGAAUUUGAAUAAAGAAAAGAGACCCUGUUCUAAUUGAAUGAACAAGUGAUUGAGAGUCCAAACACCUGUUUCAAUGCCUUUGGGGGGGGAUUUUCUUGAGUAGGGAGCUCUCAGGCAACCUAGGCUGGCUUUGAAUUGCUAUAUAGCCAAGGGUGACUUUAGAAAUGAUCCUUCUGCCUCUGCCUCCUGAAUGCUGAGAUCACAGGCUUCUUCAGCCAUGCCCGGCCACUCUGUGUUUACUUAUUUGACACUGUGCAAGUCGAUUUUAGGUGAGUUUCUUCUUCUGAAGAAUGGAGACAAGAACGGCUACCUCCUUCCCUCACACUGCUAUGAACAUUAAUUGCUAUGACAGACGUGCCCCUGGGGGGGACUCUAUGCACUAAACAAAUAUGAAGCAUGGUGAUCGUGGAUCUAAGGCGCUUGUGGAAACGCUGGCCCCUAGUGACAAGAAGAAAACUUGGUAGGCAUGAGAAUCUAUCGUCAUUUCACCCAGGUGUGUCACGAGCCAGCCCUUGUCCCAGGAGGAGACUGACUCUGGGACAGGAUUCUCAGUGUACAGGGAUGCCAGCGCCAUUCCAGCAUAUUAGAUCCUGUGUCUCACAUCUUGGUGUCUGUGUACGUUUGGGUCCCUGGUCUUUUGCCCAAUGGAAAGUGUCGCUGAGAGCGCAAAAAUAAAAAUGGCUUUAAGUAAUUCCAUUUACCAUG